AUGUAUAAUACAUUAAUCUACGCAGCCCAAGUGCCUACACCAACUACCGAACAACAGAGAGCCUUCGUAACAGUCUUCUCAACACACCGCAUCGAAGGCUUCACUCCAACGAACCAGAUGACCCACGUUCUGUCUACAGCGCCCUCCAACAGUCAGUCCAAAGCACAUACAAGAAUCGAACCAUCUAUUUCUAUCCUUCUCAUACUGCAGCAGGAGCUCGCUAUGCUCAACCCGUACAAUGCUCAUUUCAAGUAA